AUCACCACAAUUAUUAAUAAGACUGCACAGAGGGAUUCAUUUAUUUGGGAUCAAUGCCCACAAAUGAAAAUGGUGAUAGUACAAAAUCAAUAACGCGAAACUCAACAAAUAAUACGGAUAGUGUAAAUGAUAUUAUAAAAGACGUAUGUGUUAAAGUUAAAGUCGAAGAAAGAGGAUUAUCAAAUGCAGAGGAGAUAUUGGUUGAUUUUGUAAAACUUGCUUUUAUUGAGGAACUGAAAGGACAAAAUGCAAGACGCUGGCGUCGAGAAACCACAAGAAAUGGACACCAAACCCCCUCUAAAUAUUCUCCAAAUCAGCUGGUGUAUAGUGAAUUUUUUAGUUUAUUUGACUUUAUUGUGUCGAUCUUGUAUGGUGCUAAUGAAAGUGGUAUCAAAUUUGACUUCAUUGUAUUGGACCUUCAUCGCAAUGUGAAUGUGAAGAAUGAGUCAACUUUUGGAUGGCGUCCCUUCCUAGUACUUCAGCAAAAUCACAUCAAUCAUCAGGUAUUCACCACGCAUCCACUACUGAGGGGUUUCCGUGAUUGGGGAUUGCACACAUCUCAGUUCUGGACGUGUGGUAUACUAUGUUGGGGGGCUAUCGUACUGACCGUACUCCUUCUGCUGUGUGUUAUCGUUGCCAGCGUUGCGGCCGCACUGCUUUUUAGGAAUUAUCUACUUAAAAAACGCUUAUCGAAAGGGCCGAAUAAAAUUGUGCUCUCACCAUCAGAUUUUGUGUUUCCGGUAGAUUCGAGACGGGUUGAUGAAGGGAUUGAGGCAAUGCUUUGUUGCUGGUUACAGCAACUUCAGGAAUUUGGUGGACCAGAGGUUGACAAGCCGGAUUUGUUAAAAGGAUCCAUUGGUUCUUUGAAAAAUUUGGGCUUAACCACUACGGCCAAAAAUAAUUCUGGUUCCGGAAGUUUAGCAAGACAUCAUACAGUAAUUGAUUGAGAGGCCCGAUACAACGGUGAUCUUGUGCAAUUGAAGGAAAUUCCUUUAAUGGCGGUGACAGAAUUAAAAACAAAAGCAAUGGAUAUUUUGAUGACGGCUCAUGGGCUUCGACAUGAGAACAUCAAUCCACUUAUAGGUUGGCUAAGUGACGCAAAUCGAACUGCAAUGGUUUUCGAAUAUUGUUCGAGAGGAUCUUUACAAGAUGUUCUUAUAAUGGACGAUAUUAAAUUAGACUGGUCGUUUCGUUUAAGUCUACUAACUGAUCUUGUUAGGGGUAUGAGAUAUUUGCACUCAUCACCUUUGCGAGUUCAUGGUGGUUUAUCGUCAAGAAAUUGUGUUGUCGAUGCCAGGUGGGUCCUUAAAAUCACAGACUAUGGCUUACCGAGUUUUUAUGAAGCCCAAGGUAUUGUGAUGCCAUCUAAAUCACCUAAAGAGCUUUUAUGGACUGCACCAGAAGCUUUGCGGAACACAAAAGGAUAUUCUAAACAUGGCACUCAACCAGCGGACGUAUAUUCAUUUGGAAUAAUAAUGCAAGAGGUCGUUGUGAGAGGAGAACCCUAUUGUAUGCUUUCUCUAUCACCUGAAGAUAUUAUAACAAAAAUAAAACGCCCUCCACCCUUAAUACGGCCAUCAGUGUCUAAGGGAGCUGCACCACCUGAAGCUAUAAAUAUUAUGCGUCAAUGCUGGGCCGAAAUGCCUGAUAUGCGACCGGACUUUAACACAGUGUAUGAACGCUUUAAACAACUCAACCACGGACGUAAAGUGAAUUUUGUUGACACCAUGUUUCAAAUGCUCGAGAAAUAUUCGAACAAUCUGGAGGAAUUGAUCCGAGAACGUACAGAGCAACUCGACAUAGAACGAAAAAAGACUGAACAAUUAUUAAAUAGAAUGCUACCAAGUUCUGUUGCGGAAAAACUGAAAAUGGGCCUGGCUGUUGAUCCUGAAGAAUUUUCGGACGUUACUAUAUACUUUAGUGAUAUCGUUGGCUUCACAACCAUCGCUGCUCACUGUAGUCCAGUUCAAGUGGUUGAUCUCCUUAAUGACUUAUAUACGUGUUUUGAUGCAACCAUAAAUGCUUAUGAUGUCUAUAAGGUGGAAACUAUAGGCGAUGCAUAUAUGGUUGUAAGUGGACUCCCGGGACGAAUUCCCGAUCAUGCGGAACAAAUAGCAACCAUGGCGCUCGAUCUACUUCAUCAAAGUGGUUUGUUUAAAGUGAAACAUUUACCAAAUGUACCACUUCAGCUACGCAUUGGACUUCAUACGGGACCCUGUUGUGCUGGUGUUGUGGGACUUACUAUGCCGAGAUACUGUCUAUUUGGGGAUACAGUGAAUACAGCAUCUCGAAUGGAGUCAACAGGUUCUUCAUGGCGAAUACAUUUGUCAGAAGUCACACGAGAUAGACUAGAGAAAGCGGGAGGAUAUACCUUAGAGCCACGUGGUCCAAUUGAGAUUAAAGGAAAAGGACUUAUGAAUACAUAUUGGCUUCUUGGAAAAAAAGGAUUUGAUAAGCCUCUUCCCAGUCCACCACCAAUUGGAUUUGAUGAUACACUUAUAAGAAACGCAAUGAAUGAUUGUUUAGGAGAUAUUUCUCAAAUCCGUGACGAUAUAAUGAUACAAAGAACUAGCGUUGACCAAACAGCAAUUGAAAUAGCAGACGUAAAAGUUGAGAUCACACCUCCGGUAGCACCUGAAUUUCCCUCUGCGACUAUGUCUGCAUCAACAUCUCUAGAAUCGUCAACCAGUGGUUUUAAUUUGAAUAUAAAUGUACCAGAGUUCCCUCUAAAAUCUACUACAACAGUAAGCCCAAAUCAAAGGAAAAUGUCAGAAUUCGGACCAGAUGGCCUUUUGAAUCCUUCUGCAUUCAAUCGUCUAAGUUCUUCAUCAGCAUCUUCAGCACGACUGUUUAAAAAAAUCGAGGAAAUGAUGGACUUGAGCUCUCCUUACAAUCAUUAUCGGUGCCUUAGUCCGAGCGAGAGUAAUUUACUACAGUGCAGUGGGGAUCUGAAGGCACCUUUUGGAAAAUUUCACGAAAUGGGUAAACCUGGAUCCAGUAGACUAUUGCGUCGACAGUUUAGUCUUGAUAAAGAUGAUGUGAGUGGACAAGGUGGAAGUCGCGAGGGUCCAAAGUACAGUAUUGAUAGCGGAGAUUGUAGAAGUCAAAUAAGUGGGCAAUUGUCUAAAGCUGCCAUGCCUCGUAUACAUAAACAAAAUUCCAAUAGUUUAGCACAAGACUUAGAGAAAAUUGAGGAGAUUCCUCUUUCACCAUCCAUAUCAAUAGAUAAUAGUAAUGUGAGAAAAGAUGUCGCAGAAGCUCAAGUGGAAAAGAGAGCAGAAGAUGAUAAAAUAUUAGAUGGGAAUGGUCAUUGCGAAAUUAAUCUCAAUGUUGAAACACUUCUAUUGAGGUAGAAAAGAACUUAAAUCGUUUUAGUGUGACAGUGAAAUUGUAUAUUAUUUUUAUUAAAAUGGAAUACACCAAAAAUGUUUUAAGUAAAUGUUUAAAAAAUAAACAAUGGAAAUUCACUUUGAUUUUUAUAGAAGCAGUAGGGGAAAGUGAUUGAACAGACUCUGUUCGCUUUGUACGUAAGCCCAAGAAGUUUUGUGUUUAUGCACAGAGAGCGACAAUCAGAACAAGUGACUUCCCAACUUUAAUUGUCCAUGGAAAACAUGGGCUGCUGGUUUAAUUGUACGCAUGAUACCGUUCGCAAGACUUGUGGAACGAGUCGAAAACGAGUAGAAAUGCACGUUGGCAAUUAAUUGAGAUCAGUAGCAAAAGACAGUCAGAGCUGGUGUCUUCAUAGCUCAGUUGGUAGAGCAUUCGCCUAGAUUGCGAUAGGCCCCCAGUUCAAGCCUGGGUGGAGACAGGAAUUUUUUCCUGUCUCUAUUUGGGUUGAAUUGUUGAGUUGGGAAGUCACUUGUUCUGAUUGUCGCUCUCUGUGCAGUAGGGGAAAGUACUCUCCCUUCGAACGUUCAUGUCUUCGAAUAAUCUUAAUUUUCUUUUAGUUUUUCUAGGAGACUUACACAUUUCUAUUAAAUAUUAGUUGGCUUAUCAUCAAUUCUUGAUAAUUACGUGAUAAUUUAGUGUAAAUCUCUUACGAAAAAUAAAAAAAAAUUCCCAUUAUUCGAAUGCAUGAACGUUCGAAGGGAGAGCACUUUCCCCUAGUACAUCCACUGCAAAAUGAUGAAAGACAUUUCAGAAUAUAUUUAAGGAUACCUUGCGGUGAUUAUAUUAGUAUUCUUAAGUUAAACGCAAAUAUGACUAUGAAUUCUUCACUCAUCCCAGAUACAUACAAUAUAUUACUUAUUUACUAUAUUUUCGUUUUGCAAACUUUCAUUAAUUUUUUAUGGUAAAACUUUUAUAGAAAAAACUGUACUAUUUAAAGGCAUUAGAUAUUGUUAAAAACAUAUUGUCUCAUACAUGUUAGUCUGUAUUUAGAUAAUCAUAUUAACGGAAUGAAAUUUAUCGUAUAAUAUAUAAGUAAAAGACAAUAGUUUGGUAAAUCUCCCAAAGUAAAAUAAUUAGGAUUAUAAUAUAUAUUGUUACAAUAAUAAGUUCUGUUUUAGAAAGUCGUACAUUGAGUAUAGCGUUGUUUGCAUCGAUUGUUGCUGUAUCUGUAUUUCUUUUGCAUCAGUAUAGAUAUGUAGAUACUAAUAUAAGAUACAAUAACAUUUAAUGCAAUCGACAAUAUGUGUAAAAUUAUUACACAUUAAAUUUUAAAAUAUAAAUGUAGAUUCAAUGAAAAAAAAAUUCUGGAACACAUUUUUCGAGAAAAAUUCUGGAGAACAUUUUUGUUUCUGAUCUGCUAAUUCGAAUUCAAAGAUAAACAAAAUAUUUACAAUAAUUUUACGAUUUCGAUCAACAAAUAUUGACACAUUAAUACCUAGUGGCCUCUACACAUACACAUUAGAGAAUUUUAUGUUCAUUUUGAAACAAAUUGUCUACGCUUGUGUUGGAAAAACUGUCAAAUACGGACAUACAUUGCUCUAACGUGUAAUGGCCUCUACACACUAGAGAAAUUUAUGUCCAUAUUGAAGAGUUUUUCCCACACAUGCAAAGGGAAAUUGCUUCAAUAUAGACAUAAAUUUCUCUUGUGUGUGACACCAUAAAGGUCACAAGGGAUAAAAUUUUUAUAUAAUUUGAGAAUCUGAUGUUUGUGAUGAUGAUGAAAAACUAUACUUUAUAGUAGUAUUACCCGUAUUACUAUUAUUAAGUUUUUGGAGGCUUUUUUAUUUAAAUUCUUUUCAAUGAGCUUUAUCUUUUAGUUAAGUUUUAUUUUUAGAUAUGUAUCUGACUUUUCGUCCAUACAUGACAAUUACAUUUAUUCAUUCUUACGAGAUAUUUAAUAUCUAGAUUCAAAUUAUAUUAAAGUAUUUCUUUCUUUACCAGUUUUAGACAAAAUUGCAUUAAAAUUCAAAAUUAAAAUUUUACUCAAAUCAAUCAAUUUAAUCUCAAUUGUUAAUUAAUCAAUAAUAAAACAAUGGCAUGUGCAAUAUUGAGGUAGUUUUGCUUCAACAUUAUUAUGAUUUUUAGCUGAUUUUUAAUUAAUAAAGUGUGACCUCGAUAGAGUCAACUAAUUAUUUCCAACCCUAUUGACUUUAUUGGAUUUUUUUUUGACAUUAUUGGAAUCCGUUGUGUAAAAAAAAAUAGCUGUUGACUCUAUUGGAGAUUGACUCUAUCGAGAUCACACCGUAUUUAUGUAAUUAUUAUUUAUAUGUUAAAUAUAAAUAGGGAUGUAUUGAUAAAUUUUCCUGCUCCCCAAUUUUCUUUUAAUUUACUUAUAUUCUACUGCUCGAACUCAAGGAGAGAGCAGUUAUAUAAUCGACUUUUUUUCAACUUCUCACUGUUCUGGAGCUUAAACGGUAAGAGAUAUCAACUUCCGGCCUUCGAUGACCCCUCCUCAAAUGACAUUGUCUCGUACCCAACCUCUUUACUUCCCCCCCUCCCCUUUCGUACGUUCCCUAUCCCUCAAAAAUAGGUCAAAAAUGAGGUUUUUCCCAUUUUGCAAAAAAUUGGCCCAAGCUUUUUCAAUGAUUUUUGGAUAUGCUUUAGAGCUGGUCCUGGCGAACAUUUCGCCCAAACAUACCUAUCUCCGGAAAAUUCGCCAUUUUGAAUUAUUGAAGGUCAAAGUUCAAACACUUUGGAAGGCUCAUUUUUCAACCGAUUUGGUUAAAUUUGGAUUUUUUUGGAAAGGUACUGCAAUGUCGAACCCGGCUGCAUCGGUCUUCAUCUGUGAUGAAUCGGUUAAGUACCGAUUUUUGAAUAAUUUUACAUCCCCAAUAAUUAAUAUUCCCUAAAAAUAAUUUUUUUUUCAAUUUUCUCAAAAUUGACCCAAGCUUUUUCAAUGAUUUUCGGAUAUGUUUUAGAGCUUGUCCAGGGGAAUAUUUCGCCUAAACAUACCUAUAACCGGAAAAUUCGCAAUUUUAAAUUAUUGAAGGUUUAAAGGUCAAAUACUUUGGGAGGCUCAUUUUUCAUUUUGGUUAAAUUUGGAUUUUUUAGAAAAGUAUUGCAUAUUAGAAGCCGGCUGUAUCGGUCUUCAUCGGUAAUGAAUCGGUUAAGUACCGAUUUUUUGAUUUUGAAAUGCUUUUGUGAUUUAUGAAUCAAUUUGAUCUCUAGUAGAUCAGUUAUUCCAAAAGAUUAUGCAAAAAUCUAAUUCACGGUGAGCUCUAUCUCGUGAGUUCGAGCAUUCCGCAAAGCUGGGGACGCUUUGCUAUCUUUUUUUUACUGCUUGAAUUCCACGGAAAGAGCAGUAUAUAUAAUCCCUCAAUUUUUUCACCCCCUCAAAAUUUUCACCUUCCACUCCCCGGAGACCACUUUUCUCAAUAAAUCUUCACGUUUCAGACGAUUUUUGAGAAAUGUAGUCACGCUGUUUGUUUGUCUUUUCGUCCGAAUGUCGCCAGCUCUAGAGGCCAAACGGUAAGAUAUAGCGACUUGGGACCUUCAGGGGACCCCCCUACAAGUCGACCCAAGGAUCGUUAACAUGCCCCUCAUAUUCCCCCCCCCUGUCUCUCCCCAUCCCCUCCAAAACCAUGUUUUUUGGGCUUGCUCGAAAACGCGUCAUGUGAUUUCUUUCAUUUUAUGGAUAUGUUUUAGAGAUCACCCAGGCGGACAUUUCGUCCUUAGAUGAAAAUUGCGUUGAAUCAUUCCUAAUAACGGUUUUUCAAGGUCAAAGGUUAAAAAGACACUAGAGAGCGCAUUUAUCAAGCGAAUGGGGUCAUGUUUGGGCUUGUUGGAAAGGUCUUGGAAUUUCCUAUAAAACUGAAUCGGUUCCAAUCGGUUAUGAGCCGGUAAUGAACCGGUUCAUAGGCGAUAACUAAUUUUUAUCCAAAAAUCGAUACUUUUAAAACAAUUUUGGAAGAUUUUUGAAUGAUAUAUGAAUCGGUUCAAAUCGGUUGAGAACCGCUAGAUGAAUAUAUAUAAUCACAGUUUAACAUUUACAUGAUGCAAAACUACUUCUGAGAUAUAUAGAAUCUAAGUCACGAGUUCGAGCAUUUCUCAAAGCCUUGGACGCUUUGCCACCUUUUUAAUUUAUACGCCAAUAAAAGAUUUCUUUAAACAAAAAGUUUAGUGAUAGAGAAUUGUUUUCACUUAAAAGGAGUUAUAAAGUUACUCCUAAAUGUAAAAGAAUUCACAUAUUUAUACUACCGGAGUUCUUAUGUUAAAUAAUGCUUCAUAUGGAUUACAGAUGGUACAGAUUAUAGUUAGAGAACUAUAUUUGGCAAAUUGUUAGUAAAGUAAUCAUAUAUCUUGAAACAAGACUCGAUUCCACCGAUUAUGUUAUUAGAAAUAUAUGUGUGGAAUAUAUAUAAAAAAAUAUAACUAUAAAUUAGACGAUGUAGUCAAUCGAUACGCCAUUAAACAUUUUGUUUUGAAAAUUGAUUUUAUUCUAUAACCAAGCCAAUUAUUUUAUGCAUCAUUUAUUUACAAACAUAAAUGGAUAAAUACAAUAAUUAAUGAAGAAAAAUCACUCGACCAUUUAUUUAUUGAAUGGAAAAAAGUAUUAACAAAUUAUUAGUUACAAUUUAGUUGUUUAAACUUACAAAAUAAAAUAUCUGUAUAACAUAUACUUAUAUGAUAUAUAUAUAUAUAUAUAUAUAUAUAUAUAGAAAACACAUCUUUAGAAACGUAUAUUUGGAUGAAAAUGAAAUUUGAUAAUUUGUUGUCAAACCAGAAUCGCCAGAAUGUAAAUUAGAUAAUGUAUUUAUUUUACCUUUAAUCACAACUCACAUUGAGGUGUUUUAUAUUAUCUUUUGAUAGUUAAACUGCUGUAACUUAAACAGAAAAUCAUAAAAAUCUGUUGCAUUUUCAGCAAUCUAUGUACAUUUUUCCCAUCGAUUGUAGUUAAAGAUUGAGAAACAUAUAACGGUACGUUGGAAAAACUCACUAACAUGUAAUUUGAAAAGAGUCCUCAAAUAUUUUGUUAGAAAAUAUUUAUAAGUAGAAAAAAUGAAUGUGAAAGUUUUUAUUUUAGGAAAAUAUAAAAAAAAUCUUAUGAGUGGUUGGUAGCUGAAUAUGGAAAUUCAAAAACAUAAAGAAUUUAAAGAUAAAUCGUUGAGUUGCAUUUACGCUUUUAAAAAUGAAGUGUAAAUAAUAUUUAUCUUCAUAAAAUGUAUUGUGUCGGAAAAUGUUUGCCAAAAAUAUUGGUGACAUUAGUUGUUGUAAAAGGUCAACGUAACCUUAGAUUUUUCUAGUCAUAGAGAAAAAUAUAAGAAAAAUCCUGUCCAGAAAUAUUUUUUUGUGGUAGUAUAACAGUAACUCAAUCAACCCUGUUAGAUGAAAUAAGUCGAAAGUAAUUUUAUUCGAACGAAAAGUUAUAUCGACCUCUCAGAAUAAGAAACGAAUAACUCGCAGUAGGCGAAUUUUACAAGAGAGGGAUUUGAACGAAGCUGAGAUUUUCCAUACAGAGUAUAGGAUUUUUGAGAUUUAAAAUCUCAAUAACUUUGAAAAUAAUUAACUUUCAAUUAUAACAUUCACAGGGAAGUUAUAGGGUAUAAAGAAGUAUCCAAAAAGCGAAUAAAACGAUUUUUGUAAUAAAAAUCGAGUUGUUCGACUUAUAUUCUGACAAGUCGAUAUAUUCGAAUUUUACGGCCUAAGUCUAAUAAGAAGAAAACCUUUUAAAAUGUGCCAUGUGACAAACUAUUGUCUCUUAAUAUGUCUAUUUCUAUCUAAGUUAUAUUUUAUAUGUGUCUCAUCGGAAGUUAUAUCAUUCGAAAUAUAAAUCUUUGAAAUUGAUAAUUUGA